GCCAUUAAAAAGAACAGAAGAAGAAGAAGAAAACGAAAACGAGCAGCGCCUACACGUAAAAUAUCUAAUGUUAUUUUAGUAGUUUUAAGAGAUUGAGUUUUAUAUAGUCUUUUUUAAUUUAUAAUCAAGAUCACUUCGGGUCUUAACAUGAUUCCUGUGUUAUCAAAAAGUUCAGUGAGCAUGAGGGACCCCAAGAGGGUGGAGCAGAUAUUAACAUCCAUGAGAAAUGCUGGACCUAGCACACUACAGGUAAUCUCAGAUUUUGAUAUGACUCUCACCAUGUUCGCCUACAAUGGCAAACGCUGUCCUACAUCCCAUAAUAUUCUGGACAACAGCAAACUGAUCAGUGAAGACUGCAAAGCCAAGCUGAAGAAUCUUCUGGACACUUACUACCCUAUUGAGAUUGAUUCCACACGCUCAGUAGAAGAGAAGUUGCCGCUCAUGGUUGAAUGGUGGACUAAAGCUCAUGAGCUUCUUGUGCAGCAGAAGAUCAUUAAGGAUCACUUGGCUCUAGUUGUGAGAGAGUCUGAAGCCAUGCUGAGGGAUGGCUACCAACAGUUCUUUGAUCAUCUCCAUCAGUUGUCUGUUCCUCUGCUGAUCUUCUCUGCUGGAAUUGGGGAUGUGUUAGAGGAAGUGAUCAGACAAGCUGGUGUGUUCCAUCCUAAUGUUAAAGUCUUCUCCAAUUACAUGGACUUUGACGAGUCUGGUGUUUUGCAGGCAUUUAAAGGAGAGCUGAUUCACAUCUACAACAAACGGGAAGGAGCUCUGCUCAAUACCGAACACUUCAAGGAUCUCCAGAGCCGCUGUAAUGUCCUCCUGCUCGGAGACUCUCUUGGGGAUCUCAACAUGGCUGAUGGAGUCAUGGACUUACAAAACAUCCUGAAGAUCGGAUACCUCAAUGAUAAGGUGGAUGAGAGGAGACAGUCGUACUUAAACUCCUAUGAUAUAAUUUUGGAGAAAGAUGAAACCAUGGAUGUUCCUAAUGAGAUCUUACGAUACAUUACAGGACAAUGAACUUAGACCUAAGAUCUCCAAGAUAAGGAUGGACACAG